CCGAACCCCUUGCUUUUGCCAGUCUGCUUGCCCGCGGUUUGCAGACGCUGCCCUUUAUGCAUCGCCCUUGGCGCCUGAAACACGCUUGCGCCUUUGACUGUGCACACGGUUAAAUAACAGCGGGAGUGGGCUGCAAGAGGCGCGAAUCACUGUCUCCAUGCAUGACGCAGCCUGUCCCACCUGUCCAUCCAGCAGCGCACACAAUCGCCAACCUGACCACGCAGCACCUGCCUCUCGCCCCAACACCCGUCCCACUCAAGCCUCACGUCCGGCGCACCCAACUCCCCCGCGAAUGCGCUGCCCGUGACUCUGAUGGCGGCCGUCGACACUCCCCGGUCUGUGGACCUCGUGCGCACCGCCUCGCAGAACUCGACCCUGUCGAACCCCCGGAACCGCAGUCUGGCGCGCGUGAGACCGACCAAGCGCGCCUCGAAUGCCUCGCUGAGCCGCAGCCGCAGCCGGGCCCACUCGCCCGCCGAAGACACCAAGAGCCUCACGUCCUUCCCCUCGCUCUCGCCGAGCCCCGAGACAUCGCCCGUGCAGGCGCGCAUGAAUGGCUGGUUCCGCUCUGCUUCGGGACUGGCCGACGACGCUUCUAGGGGAGCAGAAAACAAGCCCGUGACGUCGCCCGAAACGGUCAGGGCCAUCCCGCCGCCCGACGCUGGCAAGAGCCCCGCGCCCGCAACAACUGUGAGGAAGGUGACCAAGUCGACACAGCAGAUCGUCGGCAGCCUGGUCGCCACAUCCUCGACACGCACCCGCACCGCCCUCUUCGACGACACGCCCCAGGAGCCCGCCAAGGUGCCGGGGAACCUGCACUUCUCCACUGAUGACAACAUCGAGGAUGCCCUGGCACAGGCCGGUGCAGUCGCCCUGGUCAAGCAGCUGGCGGGAGACCUGGCCCAGCGAGACGCCCAGAUCACAGCCCUGAGGCGGCGAGCAGAGGAGCGGGAGAGGAUACUGCGGAAGAUGCUGCAGGAAUGCGAGGUCUCCAACAUGGACAUCGAGAACAGGCUGCGCGAGCUGGAGAGGAACAAAGACCAACCCAACCAGCUCGCCCACACGAGGACAAGAGGCGACAGUGCCCUCUCCGGCCUGCAUCCCGACGACCCCAUGGAGGACAGGCUGGCUCGAGCCAUGGAGGACGAGGUGGCCACGCACCCUGACGCGCUAGGCAUCGACUCUGGAUCCGCAGCACCAGCAGCCGACGUAGCUUCCAUUCACUCCAUAGCAUCAGAAGCGACCCGCGACCCAAGACGCGCCAACUGGAAGAGCUACAUCUGGACGGGGGCCAGCAGGAACAGCAGCAGAGCCCCCUCGGUUGCAAGCUUGAUCGACAGAGAGUCGGAGACUUUUCCAACACAAAGCAGACCGCGAGCAUCCAGUGGAGCCAAGCCGCUGUCCCGGAAGGCCCUCGCAAACGACUUGUUUGUGCCUCCUGCUGCUGACAAGGGGAAUGGCGCCGUUCCCGCUUUGCGCAGACUCCAGAGCCAUGGCCGUUCCCCAGAGCCAUCCUCGCGUCGGUCUUCUGUGUCUCUGGCGAGCUGGGCUCUGAAGAUGGUGGCGGGCAACAGCCAGGCAGGCAGCAAGGCCAACACAGUCAGAGGUCGCAAGCACAUCGACUCGGGCAAUGCAGAUCGCACACCGUCUGUGAACUCGACAAGGACUACCCAGUCUGCCAGGUCUUCUCUCGCCAAUGUGCAACAACGAGGACGAGCUCUUGGUCCAAACGGGACAAUCAAAAGCACAGCAACUGAGACACAGAAGCUGGUCUCUAAAACCACCAGCCCGCACCCGCCCAGUCGUGGCCUCAGCAAUCUUGGGCCUGUGGAGAUGGAUCGCAUUCUGCCGGAAGAGUCACGGCCGCCCACACUGGUACAGCACCACAACAGGUUCACUGGGAGCAGCGAGUACUUGACCGAUCGAUUCGGAUUCAUCUAUGAUCAGCGUCGAAAGAAGAGGCAGAGCGAGGCAGCAGCAGCACUGGCCAAGCAAAAGCGAAACAGCAAUAUCGAGUCUCUAGGAGACAGCAGAUCCGUGUUCAGUAGGCUGGGCUUCGAAGAGGAGACCGAUGGCGCGAAUCCUGCUACCUCUGAUGUGAAUGAAGACCCUUCGCGCCCUUCCAGUUCUGGCUCUGACGACCAGAGCGGUAAGCCAGUCUUGAAAACAUGGGUGGACUACCUCAAGCUCGCAACGCAUCCCACCGAACUCCUCUCACACACCCCCUCUGCAGCACCCAUCACAUCCGUGGAGUCGGCAGAGGGAGAAACCUCCGCUCCCAAGUCGAGCCAGAUCACUCUGACGAAGCGCGGAUCCUUACCAUUCUCAAGCGCCAACCCCGAACCUUCGCCAUCACGCAUUGUCUCCAGCUUUGCAGAGCUCUCAAUCGCAUCGCCCUCCAUCGGCCCAUCCAUGCCCGUGAACCAAUACCCAACCUCCCAGGCCGAUCCCGUCAAGUCCCUCCUCGACCAGAUGAGCGAACUGCACGACAACCUCCAAAAAGAGCGAACAGUGCGCUGGAACGAGUUCCUGCGCAAAGUGCGCGCCGAGCGCAAACGCGAGGGCGACGCCGGCACAGGAGAAGGCCGCCCCCACGCCAUGCCCGAGACACUCCUCACAGACGGAGAAAUGGUCGGCAUGGCCAGCCUAGGCAACAAGGGCAAACUCGGGCGCGCAAAAUGGCAAGAAUUCCGCCGUCUGGUGCUCGAAGGCAUCCCCGUCGCAUACCGCGCAAAAGUCUGGGCCGAGUGCAGCGGUGCGGCUGCCCUGCGCAUACCAGGCUACUACGAAGACUUGCUCGACAAUGGCUCCGACGACCCUGUUAUCGCGGCUCAGAUCCAAAUGGACAUCACCCGCACCCUCACGGACAACAUCUUCUUCCGCACGGGCCCGGGCGUCGCUAAGCUCAACGAAGUGCUCCUCGCCUACUCGCGCCGCAACCCCGACGUCGGCUACUGCCAGGGCAUGAACCUCAUCACGGCGUGCCUCCUGCUCAUCCUCCCCACCUCCGAAGACGCCUUCUGGAUGCUCGCCACAAUGAUCGAAACCAUCCUGCCCCAAAACUACUACGACGCACACCUCCUCACCUCGCGCGCAGACCAAUCCGUCCUCCGCUCCUACGUCGUAGAACUCCUGCCGCGCCUCUCCGCGCAUCUCGACGCGCUGGAAAUCGAGCUCGAGGCCCUAACCUUCCAAUGGUUUCUGUCCGUCUUCACGGACUGUCUAUCCGCUGAGGCGUUGUUCCGCGUCUGGGACGUCGUGCUGUGCAUGCACGACGGCGCGACGUUUUUGUUUCAGAUCGCGCUUGCCCUGCUGAAAUUGAAUGAGAAGGCGCUGCUGCUGUGUGAGGCGCCCGCGGCGGUGUAUCAUUAUAUUAAUCAUCAGAUGACGAAUCAUGCUAUUAGUAUUGAUGGGUUGGUGCAGGCGUCUGAUGCGUUGGGGAAGGUGGUUAAGAGGAGGGAUGUGGAGGAGAGGAGGGAGAGGGCUGUGGGGCUUGAGAAAGAGCUUAUGAGGCAGAGGGAUGAGGCGAGGGUGGAGCGCGCGAGGAAGAGGGGGAGUGUUGUUGAGGAGCGCGGUGGUGUGGUGUCUCCUCCUCCGACUGCGAGUAGUCGGGAUGUGCAGAGUAGUCCUGUGCGCUCGCCGGGCCACGGGCUGGAUGCAGAUGCAGAUGAGGAUGGCGAGGACGAUGUGUUCGAGCGCGAGCUGACGGAACGCACGCCUAUGCCUAUUGAGGAGGAGUGUGCGUGGCGUUGAGUCUGGGGUUGGUAUGGUUUGGCCUGGUAUGGUUUGGCCUGGUAUGGUUUGGCCUGGUAUGGUUUGGUUGGACUGGUUUGGUAUGGUUUGGUAAGGGGUUAUCCAGUCUGAUCCAGUCUAGUUUGGUAUGGUACGAUAUGGUCUGGUCGGUGUGGUAUGAAGUGUAGUCGAAUCCGAACAAAACAAAACAAACCCUUUCGUAGAAUACCCCUCCUCUCUUUGCGUGUCGAGGAUGGAUACACUAUAUCGCAAUAGGAC